GCUGGCAACACCUCAAUUCUGUUUGUGCCCGUGUUGUUGUGGUAUUCGGUGUUUUAUUUCAAUGAAAUUAAUUCAUUUAUUUAACGUUGUUAGCUAGCUUUGGAUAAAUCAUUUAUCGCAAUUAAAUUUCAAAUUUGUCUCCGUGGUUUUCAAUAGGUGGUUGGUUUGACUAACCAGCUAAAAUGGCCAACUCUCAAUUCUCUCUUUCGUGGGACUCGUAUCAGUCCAAUAUUUGUAACGGAUUCAGCUCCCUGCAACAGAAUGGUGAGUUUGUGGACAUGACUCUGGCCGCGGACGGACACAUAGUGAAGGUGCACCAGAUGCUGAUAGCACUGGCCAGCCCCUACCUGAAGGAGCUCAUCACUUCCGCCCCGUGCCAGCAUCCAGUCAUCUUCUUAAAUGAUGUGACCUACCCAACGCUAUGCAGUAUCCUGGAGUACAUCUACACCGGGGAGGUGGUGGUGCAGGCCGAGCAGUUCCAGGCAUUCAUCAAAACUGCCAAGGCACUCUACAUACGGGGGUUAGAGAAUGUGUCCAGCAGCAAGGCAAACUCAGAUUAUUAUUCAAGUAAAAUAACAGUUUCACAAGGAGACAACAGACACUUAUCCAUAUCUACCGAACAAGGCACAGAACAGGUAUCUUUACCGCCACUGGCAAGAAAAGUUCACCUCAAAAAAUCUGGACCAACUACACUAACGACUGCGCUGAUAAACAAGGAGGAGAGUUUCGACUACCCCGACACAAUGGACGACACUCGCAUGGACUCUGACGACGACGCGCGACCCGACUUCGGCACGAGCGAGACACCAGACCAGGACAACAAACACCCAGUAUCCAGCCUGCAGUUCACAGUCUCAACCCGGGGCUCCCUGCAAGUGAUACUUAACCGCUACCUGUACAACCUGCACUCCACGUCCCAUCGAGCCUCCGUGCGGCGCUGGCGCUGCGUGGACUAUAGGAACGUGCGCUGCCCCGCCUACAUUGUUACUAAGGGGAAUAUAGUUAUAAAUAGGAGCAACCUACACACGCAUCCAUUCCAUGACAAGAAAAUCCUGAACAAGAUUGAGAGGAAAAUAAUCUAUUCAGCUAUAGAUGAAGUGGCUGGAGUGAAGGAGGACAAAAAUGCUAAAAAUGACUCGAACGCUACAGAAGACGCGGCAGACGAGUCUAUGCCGAUAAUUCAAGAUGAAUAUACUCGUUACUUCAGAAUUCGUCAUUGCAGAUUCUGUAGUCAAGAGACGCGUGUUGUGUCCAUUGCGGAUACUAAACUUACCAAUAUGGCGAAUAUUAUUAUGUUAAUGUGUUUUGUGAUAUUAUUGGCAACGCUUGAACACACACUGGCUGGUGCUAUUGAUACGACAAAACCGUACAGCGAAAACCCCACCGUUCAAAAGUUUCAAGAAUAUCUACAAAUUGAUACCAGCCGGCCGGAAAAUAUAGAGCAAGCGGUAGAGUUCUGGCGGCGCGAGGCCGAAGCCCUAGGGCUGCCGUUCGCAGUAUACUCUCCCGGAGGCCGCCCCGUCGUCGUCAUCACGUAUGAGGGGGCCAACUCCUCGCUGCCCAGCAUCAUGCUCAACUCACAUAUGGAUGUGGUUGAGGCUGUUCCUGAAGACUGGAUUUACCCUCCAUUUUCGGCGUACAUGGACGAUGAAGGCAAGAUAUACGGGCGAGGGGCCCAGGACGACAAGGAUAUAUCUAUAGAGUACAUAGAGGCGAUACGGACACUCAAAGAAAAUAACAUAACUUUGCAGAGGACCAUCCAUAUGACUCUUAUGCCAGACGAAGAAACCGGCGGCUUUGAUGGCAUGGUCCCGUUUGCCAGGUCUGAAGACUUCAAGCGGCUGAACGUGGGCUUCGCUCUGGAUGAAGGACUGCCCACUACUGACGACACCCUCAUAGUCACCAACGUGGAUAAGAGACCGUGGCAAAUGGAAUUUACGAUUCGCGGAGUGGCGGGACAUGGAUCUUCAAUGCAGGGAAUGGAUACAGCAGCGGUGAAGCUUCGAAGACUUCUGGAUGUAAUAAUGGAGUUUAGAGAAGACCAGAUGAAAAUAUCAGAUAGUCUAGAGAAAGAUGACGGCAGCUUCACUUCAGUAAAUGUUAAUAUUGUACAGGGUGGCAUCGCUACCAACAUCGUUCCCAGUGAAUUUAGACUCGUGGUCGACAUGCGAUUAGCUAUCACUGCCAAAGCAUCAGAUAUGGAUGAAAUGAUAUCGUCGUGGAUAAUGGCAACUGGUGCCAACACGACGGUGAAAUUCAUCAGGAAGGUGGAGGAGUCACCGGCGACCGCGGUGGACGAUUCUAACCCUUACUGGCUCGCUCUACAAGAGGCGGCUUGUGAAAUGUAAGUUUCUACCAUAGAG